UCGAAGCAAGCAUGGGAAGAGGGAGAGCUUGACGGAGGGAAGUGACUCUGAGAGCACCCACGAGAGAGCAUAUCAAUGGCUUUCAGUGGAAAAGUCACCGUCUCCGCUAUAUGUCGUGCUCUAAUCUUCGCCAAUAACCGUAGCAAUAUUUCCUUUGCCUCCUCUUUCUUCUGCAAUCACCUCCCAUCCAGAUUUUCUGCAUCGCCUUUGCCUUCCUCUGCAUAUCAUUUCCUUAAAAUCGCCAAUUUCAGCAAUACUAGUACUAGGCUGUUUUGUAGUUCUGAAGCCAACCCCGCCAAGAAGAAGGUCGACACCAAGGUCAAUUUUUCUCUAUCCGAUUCUGACUCUGAGAGUGAAAAUGAGGACGAUUCAAAAGAUGCCCGGAAAGAAACUGACAAGAACAGGAAGCUGCCGCCGCCUUAUGACCCCUUUAAUAAGAAGCCGCCGGUAGAAGAGCCCAAGGAUCCAAAAGAUUUGCAAGAGAUUUUCCACAACAUGAGAAGCGGUGACGGAUUGUUAAAUCACGCAGUCAAGAUGUUCGACGCAUUGUCCAAAGACGGUCUCACCCACGAGGCUUUGGAGCUGUUCCGUCAGAUAAAAGACAAGGGUCAAAUGCCCGACGUGGUGGCUCACACGUCCAUCAUCGAGGCCUAUGCUAAUGCUGGUCAGCCCAAGGAGGCUCUCAAAAUUUAUAUGCGCAUGCUGGCUUCUGGGGUGUCUCCCAAUGCUUAUACCUACACCGUUCUUAUCAAGGGGCUUGCUUCUGAUUCCAAGUUUUUGGGAGAUGCCAAGAAGUAUGUGUUGGAAAUGAUGGAGAAGGGCAUGAAACCCAAUGCUGGGACCUACACCGCCGUGUUUGAGGCACUGGCUAGGGACGACAAAACGGAAGAGGCAGGAGAGUUUUUGGAGGAAAUGAAGGCCAAGGGAUUUGUUGCCGAUGAGAAGGCUGUGAGGGAAGUUCUGAGUAGCAAGAGGGGUCCCAUUUUCAGAACCGUCUUGUGUAUUCUUUUUGGCCGUUAACUAGCGAACGUCUCGGCAUGGUCACAGCGGGUUGUUUGAAUUUUAACUGAGAUAAGAGUUGUGUCACCUGCAGUAUUGUUUUCUGGGUUCUUUGUUUUGGACGCAUGGUUUUGUUGAUUUGCAGUGGGUAACCUUGUUUAAAUUACUUUCAGCCAUCCUAUCCUAGGUCGAAAAGCAUUUAAAUGCGACAAAUACUGACCAGCUUGGCCGCGUCGUUCUUAUUCUUGACAUCUGCCACGUCUACUUAUGGAACGUUGGCAAUCACUUAAUGAUACAAGCCCUGCAAUUUGAAUGAAAGAAAAACUGCAUCAGUGUACUUAAUAAUGAAUA